ACGUCAACGGGUCACGUGACGGGCGCGCGGGCGGGCGGGCCGUCCCGCGGUCCGAUAUAAGGAGCCCCACGGCGGGAAGUUUUCCCCACGUCGAUCCUCGGACGGGACGCUUGACUGCACGACGACAAUGGCGCGCGCCUCUUUCCUGUGUGCAGUGGUGUACCGGCUGCUGAGUCUGGUGGCGCUGUGGGCGCUGGUGUUCGUGGUGGCCGAAGGACGCUACUUACCAACCAGGUCCGGAGACGAACUACGCGGGGAACGCCUGCGGGAGCUCAUAAGGACCCUGUUCGAGAGGGCCGAGCUGGAGAAGGCGGCGGGUCUCUACCCGUAUGCCGGCGACGGCCGUAGUGGCAUCCUCAGCGGUCAAGAAUGAGGAACGCUGUCACGGUUGUUACCCGCGGCGUGGAAUCCCCGAAGAAGCCACCCUUGAUUGAGAAUAAACAUUCCGCAGCCGCCUUCCACGGGCGGCGAAUGAAAUUUUAA